AUGGCUCCAACGAAGAAGGGAAAAGAUGCUGUUGACUUGAACGCGAUGCUUACCAAAGAUCGCCAGCGUCGCAAGAAUGAAGCCCUCGUGGCCGAGGUAUUCAAUAAAGGUCGGAGGUCGAGCGCGCCUGGCGGUGGAAUAAGCAAUCGAAGAGGCGGCGGUGUCCCAUCUAUGGCCAGCAGAGUCGGCGUUCAAAAGAAGCCUGCCAUGGCUACAUUCGGCCCACGACCGCAAAAGCAAGUCGCAACAGGACGAGUUGACAGACCAGCCGGCAACGUCGAUGCUGAAUGGACCCACGAUCUUCACAGCCUGAACAAUCCUCAAGGCGCAAGCGCCCCCCGUGCACCGAAAGCUCCGCGCGGAAUUCGUUCAGAUCGAUUACAUACAGCGCUUCACGGCUCGGCGUCAUCGCCUGCUCUCAACAGCCAAUUCAAUAUUAUCGGGUCAUCGAAACCGGGGAUCUCAAUUCGAGGCGUUGCUGGGCCAUAUAUUGUCGUUGCUAAGAAUCUGGCUCCUGGCACCACAGUUGAAGAUAUAGAGAGCGCAAUGGUCCCCAUUGGAGGAGUGGUGUUAGCUUGCACACUUAUUGCUGAGCGGCCAAAAGUUAUCGCGGAGAUAGAAUUUGAGACCAAGGAAGGGGCCGAUAACGUAGUAGAAACGCUCCACAAUCAAAGCGCCGACGGUAAUAUUCUUAGCGUUUACCAUAAAGUUGGCGCCCCAGCAAGCAAAGCCGCACGAUCGACGCCAGUAACCCCACAAGGGCCGCGAGCAGACGCGCGUAAUAAUCGCUCAGAGGACAAUCGAUCAGUUUAUAGUGCACCACAGCGAUACCCUACGAAGGAUGCCCCAGCAGAACGCAGGCGCGAUGACCGUGAGGACGUGAUGGACGGCUCAUAUGGCUUUCAGGGCAGCGACCGCAUGGACACCGAUGAUAGAAACGGCGACCGAUACAGCGAUUCUCGGCCUCGUGGUGGCCUUUACAGUGACGAUAUGGUUGGAAACAGAGGUCGCGGAGGUGGCAGCCGCGAAAGAGGUCGUGGAAAUGAAGGUCGGGGCUACCGUAGAUGA